AUGGCGAGCGCGGUGAAGGUGUAUCUGAGAACGCGCCCCACGGACAAUGUCCAGGGCUCCUUCACCCUACAACCCGACGGUAAGUCCGUCGCCAUCCAGGUCAAGAAGACGGACAAACCGCGGGGCACGGGCCACAUCAACAACACCGCAGACACCAUCAAGUUCCGCUUCGACGACAUCCUGCUGGACGCCAGCCAGGAGACCAUCUUCGGCACCUGCGCCGCGGACGUGUGCGAUAACGUGCUCACGGGUUACAACGGCACGAUCUUCGCGUACGGACAGACGGGCGCCGGUAAGACGUACACCAUGAGCGGCGACGUCUCCGCCGCGUACAACCAACGCGGCAUCGUCCCGAGGGCGAUCCACCACCUCUUUCACGAGUCCGAGCUGCGCGGCGACAAGGAGAUCGAGGUCAGGGUGUCGCACCUCGAGAUUUACAACGACGUCAUGUACGAUCUCCUCGCCGACGACGUGACGCAGGCGGAUAACCUGCAGAUCGUGGACAGGAUCGACGACCCGCGCUUCCCCGAGACGUUCGCCGCGGGGACGGGCGCUCGCGAGACGGUCAUCAAGGGCCUGACCAAAAAGUACUGCGCCAACGAGGCUGAGGCGCUGGCGUACUUCUUCGCGGGCGAGGCUAACCGCGCCACCGCGUCGCACAUCCUGAACAAGACAUCCAGUAGAUCGCACUGCAUCUUCACCGUCUACCUCGAGUCUCGCGGCGUCGGGGAUUCGAGCGAGAAGACCACGGUGGCGAAGCUCAACCUCGUGGACCUGGCGGGUAGCGAGCGCGUGAAGAAGACUUCGGUGUCUGGACAGCAGCUCAAGGAGGCUAACUUCAUCAACCGAUCGCUGACCUUCCUGGAGCAGACCGUAAACGCGCUGGCGAGGUUCGGGCAGGACAACGUGGACCCUCACGUCAGCGCGAGGCAGUCGAAGCUCACGCACAUCCUCCGAGAUUCGCUCGGCGGUAACUGCAGGACGACGCUCAUUGCUUGCCUCUGGCCGGAUGUCGAGCACGCGGACGAGACCGUGUCCACGUGCAGGUUCGCGUCCAGGGUGAUGACGCUGCAGACCAAGGCGGUGGUCAACGAGUCCAAGGACCCGAGGGUCAUCAUCAGGAAGCACGAGAGGCAGAUCCGGGAGCUCAAGCAGGAGCUCGCGAUGCACGACACGUUCGCGGGGAAGGCUCCCGUGAAUUACGGCGAGAUGGGCGAGGUUGAGCGACAGGAGCUGAGGCAGCAGGUGGGAAUGUUCCUCGACGGGGACAUGCCCGUGGACGACCUGCCGUGCGAGUCGCUCAAACAGGUCCGGGAGAUAUUCCGCAUCCUGAAGCACAGCUACAGGGGAGCCAAGACGGAGCUGGAAGACGCGCUCGCGAAGGGUCCCGCCGACACAGCUGUCGCAGCCGGAGCCGACGCAGCUGAGGAGGGCGACGCCGAGGGCGAGGUGGGCGACAUGGACGCGGAGGGGUCCACGUUCAACGUCGGCGUCGCGCCGCCCGAUUUCGUACCCCCCCCGGAGACACCCGCGGCGACGGCGCCGCUCCCGUCGGCGGGCGCCACCGGAGCCGCGGAGACGAUGCGCGUGGGGUUCAAGGGCACCGACGCCAAGGCCAAAGCCGCGGCGUACGAGGGGUACAAGGCCAAGGUGGCGCCGGAGAAGGCUGGCGAGCUCGCCGGUAUGCUCGCGGAUCUGCGGGCCAAGAAGCGCGAGCUCAGGGAGGCCAUCGCGACGUGCAACGCGGCCAAGGCGGAGAUCGACGCCGUGGCGAAACAGCUCGAGGAGACGCGACUCGCCGCCGCGCGGGGUGCCGAGGAGGGUGCCGAGGAGGGUGCCGAGGUGCCGACCAAGCCACCGCCGCCCGGUGACGUGGACGUCAUCGACCAGGAGACGUACGACGCGAUGGCGCGCGCGAAGCAGCGCAAGGGCGACUACCGCAGGGCGUUUGAGGAGGUCAAAUCGCUCAAGACGGCGGUGACCGAAAUGUCCGACGAGGUGCAGCAGUUCCGGGCGGUGUUCGUGAACGAGUUCCAGGCUUGGUACGACAAGGGUGGCGGGGCGGAGUUUCGGCUGGAGGAUGAGGAGGAGGACGAGCUCGACUACGGCGAGAAGUUUGACCACCUGGAGAUGCAGCUGCACCUUCGCGACGAUCCCGAGUCGGGGGCGUACUUUCAGAGCAAGAAGCUCAUGCGCUCGGGUAAGACGCGGCCGGGAGUGGAUAAGAGCGCGAUGAGCACCAUGCGCAUGAGGGUCAGCGGGGGUACGCUCAAGGGAGGAUCGAAGAAGGAGUGGGAUCCCCGCGACACGGCUCCCAGGCCGCGAUGA